GCUCACCGCCGAUCUCGUCCUGCGAUGGCCUGGUCUGCCGUCGUGGCGCCCUCGGGCCCGCAGUGGCCCGCCGCCUCCGCGGCCUCCGACGCUGCCGCGCCCGCACGGGCGAGCGCGGAGCGCCUCGCGGCCUUUGCAGAGUCUCUGGCGCCCUUCCUGGCCGGCGCCGGCAGCUGCCCCGGGCGGUCCGCCCAGCCCACGUUCAAGGUGGUGCCCGGGCAGGGGCCAGGCGACCCCGCGGGCAUCUCCUGCGACCCGGUGGAGGUGGCGGACGCGCUCGGCCACGAGGGCGAGCCGGCCGCAGAGGUGGCGCGGGAGAUGCUCGAGGGGCUGGCGCUGGCGAGCUUUGACAGGGCCACCCAGGCGCGCGCUGUGGUGACCGCCGCCGCGCUGCUGCAGGCGGCGGCCGCGCUGCUGGAGCAGGGCCUCACUCCGUGGGCGGUGCGGCAGGCCCUGCAGGACGCGGAGCUGGCCGCAGGGGAGGCGCUGGAGCGGCUGGCCGCGGAGCAGCUGGCCACGGAGCUGCUCGCGGGCGCUUCCGGCGGCUCGGCGCGCGGCCUCCCGCGCGCGGGCUCGGCGGGCCUUGCCGAGCGCGGUGCCAUCGGGGAGCCCCUGCCCCGCGCCUGCAGCGGCAGCGACGCAGAGGACGACAUAGGCUGGUUCUUGGGCGAGCCUGGCCCAGCGUGCGCGGAUGGCGCCGCCCAGGAGGCAGCACUGUGCGCGCCAACGCCCACGCCGCCCGGGCCCCACCCUGUGGCUUCUGGGGCCGCCCAGCGGAGCGAGAUGGACGACCUGGACGACAUCUGCGCAGAGUUGCAGCGUCGUUGUCGCUCUGUGGCGGCAGCACCCGACUGCAGCCGCGGGCGGCACUGCUUCGUCUACGCCACCGUCAGGACCCGGCUCCGUCCCGACUGCACGCUGCUUCGCGGGAUCGUGAGCCACGUGCCUCGCGAGUGCCUGGUGGCGAGUGACGCGACGCUGCUGGCAGAGCGCUGGCCACCGCUCAGGAGGGCCGUCUUCGUCGAUGCCGACCUCACCGUCGCCGCGUAUGAGACGUGCGCUCCCUCACGGCGCCGCCCACCCGAGACGUUUUUGCUGGCGGGCCCCGCGGUGUCAGUGGGCGCGGCGAGGGAGGCGGCGGUCGUGCAGGCGCUGCGGCGCCUGCUCGCGGCGCGGGGCACCGAGGCGCUCCUGGUGUCGGGCGAGGUGGCGCCCGCCGUGGCGAGCGCGUGCCGCGACGGCGGCGCGGUGCUCAUAUGGGGGCUCCCCGCCCGGCUCCUGGCCGCGCUGGCCCAGGACGCCGGGGCCCGCGUGCUGCGGGGGUUGCCGUCCAUCGCCGCGGGCGGCGGGCCAGUCGGCGAGAGGCCCGCGUGGGAGGCGGGCGUGGCCCUGCGGGUGGAGCUGCGGGAGCUGCAGCCGGAGGCCCGCCGCGGCUGCUUCUCGUACCCGCUGCUGGGCCGCAGGCAACCGAUCAUCGGUCCUCCCACACCAGUGCAGCACGGGAGAGGCGGUCGAGGCUCCUUGCUGGGAGUUGAGGGCCGCGGUGGAGGCCCACGGGCGGCGAGCAUAUCCGUGCCCGCGCCCUCGCGGUCUGGAUUCCCGGGCACGGCCCCGUGGAUGCGCGCGGCCGCGUGGAGGCGUUCCGCGCGGGGCGUCUCCGCGACGACAGAGCGCCAGCGCCCCGUCUCCGUGGGGUCGCGGCCCUGGGGCCCGGCCCACGACGCCGCGGAUGUAGACUGUGUUCCCCGCCCACGGAGAGGCGGGGGGCUCCUCGUCCACCGCGCUCCUCGGGGCAGCCUGUCAGCCCACGCUCCGGCACCUGCACGCCGAGCUCUCCGACCGCCUCUGCGCCGCGCUGCGCGACCACGAGGAGGGCGCCGGGGCCCGGUGGCUGCCCGGCGGCGGCGCCUGGGCGGCGGCCGUGGCCGAGGCCCUGGACGCCCGGGGAGGGGAAGAGGCCGCGGGCUCUUGGCGGGCGGCCGCGGGCGGCCCCGCGGCCGUCGCCCCGUGGGUGGCGCCCGCGGCGGACCCGCUGGCUUCGGCUGCCGCCAUGGCCCGUUUCGCGGAGGCCUUCCGGGCGGUGGCCGCGCGGGAGGCCGAGGCGAUGUGGCCAGAGGUGGACCCGGGCAUCGGCGAGCCAGAGGGGCUGCUGCCGGAUGCCGGCGCGGGGCGGGAGCGCCUCUCUGUCGUCGGGGCGGCGCUGCAGCGCGCCGUCCGGGCGGCGCUGCUUCUGACCAGUCUGGGCCGCGCAGCCAAAAGAACAGGUAAGCUGGCGAAGGACCCAACCAUGUGCAGCUGCGGGUGCCAGAAAGGCAAGUGAGAAGAGGGG